AGGCAGAGUAGGGCGGGACAUGCCUUCGCCAUCAUGGGAAGGAAAUACUCGUUACAUGGAUCUAGUCGAGCUUGUCAGCUAGCACAGGUCUGCCUGUUUCAACCAGCAUAUAUAUGGUUUAAUGCUUUUAAUGAGCAACAGCAAAUAAAAAAUAUCCGUUAUGGCUUCUCGAGCAGGUCCGAGAGCAGCCGGUACAGAUGGUAGUGACUUUCAGCACCGGGAGCGAGUUGCCUCGCACUACCAGAUGAGCGUUGCCCUGAAGUCUGAAAUCCGUAAACUCAACAUUGUUCAUGUGCUGAUCUGGGUGCUAAUGGCAGCUCAGGUGACGGUCAGCCAGCUGAGCCUGGUGUCGCACAAGGUUGUGGCCUCUCCAUACCAGUGGGAGUACCCUUACCUCCUGAGCAUAAUUCCCUCAGUCUUCAGCUUCUUGGCGUUGCCUCGCAACAACAUCAGCUACUUGGUCAUCUCCAUGAUCAGUGCCGGGCUCUUCUGCGUGGCCCCGCUGAUCUACGGCAGCAUGGAGAUGUUCCCCGUGGCACAGCAGCUCUAUCGGCACGGCAAAGCCUACCGGUUCAUCUUUGGCUUCUCUGCCGUGACGGUUAUGUACCUGGUGAUCGUCAUCGCUGUGCAGGUGCACGGCUGGCAGAUCUACUACAGCAAGAAGCUGCUGGACCAGUGGUUCACCAGCACACAGGAGAAGAAGAAGAAAUGAGUCCACUGU